UGCAUCCUAAUAUAUACUAAAUAGUUAGAUGCACUCUCAACUGAGCCUUGUUAAUUUGUUAUUCAAAGUUCAAAGUUCAAAGCAUGAUCACAAUUGACUUAAUUUGCAACAAGGCCACCAAUUUCUUAUGUGUGCUCUAACAAGACCUCUCUUGCUACUCUCUUCUCUUCCUAAUUUGAUCCAUGGAGUACUCCUUAAAACCAAAUCCUGUGAACAAGAAAUUGCUGUUUUGCAUUUGGGCAAGCUUGCUCAGUGGCUGCGUGUUCUUCUUCUUGUACCUUGAUAAAGGUAGGAUGACAGGUAGUACUUUCUUCUUUUUGGCUAGUUUCAGUAUUGUUGAUCAUUCCAACACAAGCUUGUCCAGCUUUUCUCCAUCAAGCCUGGCCAUGUCCCCACAGUACUCUUCUACAACUUCUACUGGUACUGCUAUUAUGCCUCUAGUAAGUGCAGCACCUUCUCCUAUGAAAGAAGGUCCAAUAGCACUGCCUCCUCAAAGAUCAGAAGCCAAAUCCUCAAUGGUGACAUUGGAUGGUAAUCAAGAAGAACACUGUGAUAUCUUUGAAGGGAGAUGGGUUUAUGAUAAAAAGAGGUAUCCUCUUUACCAUGCACGUCAAUGCCCAUUUCUCAGUGACCAGGUGAGUUGCAGGAGAAAUGGGAGGCCGGAUUCUGAUUAUGAGCAUUGGAGAUGGGUACCAAGAGGUUGUGAGAUUCCCAGGUUCAAUGGGAGUGACAUGCUGGAGAGGUUGAGAGGGAAGAGGGUUAUUAUUGUAGGUGACUCGUUGAACAGGAAUCAGUGGGAGUCACUGUCUUGCCUUCUGUAUACUUCUACUAGGCCAUCUCGGGUGCUUGUCAAAGCUAAGGGUUCAGAAUACAAGAUCUUCAGGGCUUUGGAUUAUGGGUGCACAGUGGAGUUCUUUUGGAGUCCAUUCCUGGUUAAACUGGAGGAAAUUAAAGGUGGUAAUAAGAAGGUGUUGAAGAUUGAUAGACUUCAUGGGUUUGCAAAGAGAUGGAGAGGUGCUGACAUUAUGGUUUUCAACACUGGACAUUGGUGGACUCACACUGGGAAAACAAGAGCGUGGGAUUAUUUUGAGAAGAAAGGGAAGUUGGUGGAGGAGAUGAAUGGUGAUGAAGCUUUUAGUACUGCACUCCGAGUAUGGGCUCGCUGGGUAGAUCAAGUUGUCGAUUCAACCAAAACCACAGUCUUCUUUCGUAGUGUCUCACCCGAACAUAAAUUGGAGAACAAUCACUGGUGCUAUAACCAAACAACUCCAAUCACAAAUGAGACAUACAUUCAGAGAUUUCCAAGAUCUAUGGUUAGCAUAGUUGAGGAAACAAUUCAAAAGAUGAAAACACCAGUGAAAUACUUGAAUAUUACAAGGUUAUCAGAAUAUAGAAGGGAUGCACACACAGUUAUAUACACUUCAAGGCAGGGGAAUGUACUGACAAUGGACCAGCAAAUGCACCCUGAGAGGUUUGCAGAUUGUAGCCAUUGGUGCCUUCCAGGUUUACCAGAUAUUUGGAAUGAGCUUAUAUAUGUAUCAAUUGUUGGAUUAAACCAAUCUCAUGUUAUGUAGUUCAAUUAUUUGGUUUGUUCUGAUCUCUUCUACAUUUUUGUCAUUCUCUUUUUGUUAAUAAAGCUAUGACUUGUAUGAUGGAAAACAAUUAGAAGUG